AUGGCGGAUUCCCUUGUCGACCUUACUCGUACGCUAUCUCUCACUUCGGAGGAGGACGCAGUUGUAAGGAUUGGAGGGGAUUCUACAAGCUUGAUGAUGGGCAAAUCGGAUAUGUGUCUUGUUGGCAAGUUACUCACUCGUAGGCCGUUUAAUGUCGAAGCCAUGAAGAAUACCCUGCUCUCGGUGUGGCAACCCACUAAAGGAAUGCAAGUUCGGGUCAUUGGGGACAACCUGUUUGUGUUCGUGUUUGGUCAUGUUGUGGAUAAACGGAGAGUCUUAUCGAACGGCCCUUGGACAUUCGACAAGCAUCUUCUAAUGUUGGGCGAGAUGGAUCCCAACGUUCAACCAUCUGACAUUCAAUUAACAGGGGUGCAAUUCUGGGUGCAUGUUUGCAAUCUUCCGCUAGUUCUGAUGAAUAAACAGGUUGGACAAAUAGUUGGCAACGCUGUUGGCCAAUUUAUUGAUAUGGAUUAUGAAGAUGGUGGCAUUGCAUGGGGCCGAACAAUGCGAAUUCGGGUGGCCAUUGAUGUUCGAAAGCCCCUACGACGGGGGAUGAAAUUGGCUUUGUCCUCUGCCGACCCAAUCUGGGUGGACUUCAAAUAUGAGCGUCUCCCGAUCUAUUGCUAUUUUUGCGGAAGGCUCGGCCACAGCGACCGGGAGUGUGAUGAUAAACUAUCCUUUGCCGAUGGCACUCGGGUUGAUAGUUUGCAAUAUGGGGCAUGGUUGAGGAUGGAUAAUAUCAAAAGUAAGGGGUCUCGUCGCGCUGGUUCGAUUGACAAAGGAGUAGGGGGGACGCAUCCUGGUGGGCAGGGGAUACCGAUGCGGACGAAUCAUGCACAGAUGAAUCAGGAGGAGGGGGCACCUCUGCGUGCUUCGCCAACCCGUGCUCCGGUGGAAGCCGACAGGCGUCGGGAUAGGAAAGAAAUCAGUGGACAAUCUCUGACCCCCGUGAUUGAGGGCGCUGGUCAAGGAACCGCGGUAUAUGAGGCUACAAUCUCGGGAAGUAACAUAUCUCCACCCACAUCUAGUGGAUUUGAAUAUUUGCAUGGGCGGGAAGUUAUUGAAAAUGCAGGGCUGGGGCAUCAAUCUCAGACAUCCAGAUUGGGCCUAGAUGGGGCCAAGCCCACGGUAAUUGUGUCCGGUGUGGGGGCCCAGCUGCCUUCCAUGGAUCCUAUUCUUCAGAUGGAGGUGGAGGAUAGCUCACUAAGUGACUCGGUGAUGCACAAAAAGAAAUGGAAACGGGUGGCACGUCAGCAUAUGGAUUCCAUUAAGGCCCACUCCCCUGUUACGGGGUCUAAGAGAGUGAUUGAGGAGGUAGGAGUUCAGGAUGGGAAUCUGAGUGAUGAAACCUUGGUUGUGAAGAAUGGGAAACGCUUGUGUGUGCAUGAGGGUGUUGACAGCAACCCACAUAACAAUAUUCCAACGGUGGAGGCUGAUAUUCAGCCCCGCCGAUCCCAAUGA